AUGGACAAGGCAAAAGUUGCAAGCAGGAAGCAAGAUGACGAAAAGAAGGGAAGGAGAGGAAGAACUGGAACUUCGGCAAAAGUGGGACAGAACGCCAUCCAGAGUGGAGCGGCCACCGCCCCCAGCAGCUCACCAGCUGCACCAGAGCUCCUCCUCAUCCACUGCAAUCUUACCCAGAUCGAGUCCCCGUAUCGCAGCGAAUACGUUUAUCGGGGGAGGUCUUGCGCAAGGCACUCCGCCUGGCUGGGUGCGCUCGUACCCUCCUCGCCACUCAUCUAUACGAGAUUCCCCAACGGGGAAAACUAA